AGGAGGUCUUGCGGUUAACGCAGCAAUCGAGGAACCAUGUCCACCUUGAGAUUGGUCGUGCUGACCGCCGCUGUGGCUCUUGUGCAUGGCUUUCAACUCUCCUCCCCUCUUCUCCGAUCCCCAACGUCUCCUAGUGUCUCAAAGUCCUUCUCCCGCUCCUUCCAGCCGGCAUACUCGGCCAGAUCUCCUCGCACCUCGGCUGUGAGAUUUUCCCAGUCCUCAAGGGACCUAUCGAUGAAGGUGGACUUGUCCACAGCCAAGCCGGAAGAUGUGCGGGUGCUCGUGGCUGGGUGCACUGGGUACAUCGGGAGAUACGUGACCAAGGAGCUGAUCUCAAGGGGUUACAAGGUAGUCGCCUUCUCCCGCGAGAAAUCCGGGGUGGGAGGGAAGAAGUCUAUGGACGACGUGGUCAAGGACUUCAAGGGCGCUGAUGUCCGUUUCGGAGACGUGACCGACUUGGAGUCUUUGAGAAGCGUUGCGUUCAAGGACAAAGUCGACGUUGUCGUCUCCUGCCUUGCGAGCAGGACAGGAGGGCUGCAGGACUCGUGGGACAUCGACUACCAGGCGAGCAAGAACUGCCUCGACGUGCUCCGGGAGCAGGGAGGGUCGCACUACGUCCUCCUGUCUGCCAUCUGUGUGCAGAAGCCUCUGUUGGAGUUCCAGCGGGCGAAGCUGAAGCUGGAGGGAGAUAUCAUGGAGCAACAGGACGUGUCCUACUCUAUCGUCCGACCCACCGCCUUCUUCAAGAGUCUUGCCGGGCAAGUGAACUUGGUCAAGAACGGCAGCCCCUACGUCAUGUUCGGGGACGGAGAAGUUUGCAAGGCCAACGCCAUUAGCGAGCCUGACCUUGCCAUCGUCAUGGCGGACUGCAUCACUGACAAGUCCCGAUGGAACAAAGUGCUCCCCGUUGGAGGCCCUGGAAAGCCUCUCACCCCCCUGGAGCAGUCAAAGAUCCUGUUCGAACUCUUCGGUCUUGAGCCCAAGUAUAUCAGAGUGCCUGUUGCGGUGUUCGACGCCAUCAUCGGCCUGCUUGACGGCAUUGCCUUCUUGUUCCCGAGCUUCAAGGACAAGGCUGAAUUCGCUCGCAUCGGCCGCUACUACGCCACGGAGGACAUGGUUGGCCCAUCCUACGGCACCACCACCCUCAGAGAGUUCUUCAAGGAUGUAGCCGAGAAUGGCCUCCAAGGACAGGAGCUCGGCGACCAGGCUGUCUUCAACAUUAAGGGAGAGUAAGAACUACUGAAGGGCUUGAUGUUGGCUGGUCUUACACUUGAAAUGAAUUUCUUAUUGUUUG